CUCCGUCUCUCUGCGCUCCUUAGAAAUAGAUCCGCGGGGCAGAGCGGGCAGCUGGCGCACACUGUGGGGAAAUGAAACACGCUGCAGGUCCCGCAGCAGCAGACGAGCUGGGCAGACCCGAUCACUCCUUCUUCUCCACUCUUCUCCUCCCUCAGCGGGACAUCACACACCGUCCGGGAUCAUGCUGUUUCUUCACGAGUUAUUAUCGCCUUAUUGGAUCGCAGCUGAGUGAAAGAGAAAGUCCACACUGGAUUUGAACCUGCGCACUUGUCGGUGUUUUUUUGUUUUGUUUUUUUGCUACCGUGGAUGAGAUCUUUGCGUACUUGAUGAUUGAAUAACUCCAGCGGAUUUUCUGGUUCAGUUUUCUCCGUCUUCUCACAUAUUUUGGAUUAUUCCUGCCACAAGGAGAUAUGUUGAUUUUAUUUGUAAUUAGCCUGGCCGUGUUGUCAGAUGCAGGUCUGUCGGUGGAGGUGUUUCGUGCAGGUGUGGCCCCUCGCUGUGAGAGCCGGGCCUGCAACCCUCGCAUGGGUAACUUAGCCCUGGGUCGCCGGGUCCUGACGCAGACCGUCUGUGGCAACAACGGCACCGAGCUCUACUGCUCCUAUUCCGACCCCAAUGCCAACCUGGCCUGCAGCGCCGCCAAGUGCGCCAAAUGCAACGCUGGCCUGCCUCUCCUGUCCCACCUGGCCGGGGCCAUGUCCGACUCUUCCUUCCGUCACCCCAACACCUGGUGGCAGUCAGCUGAGGGGGUGGAGUCUGAGACGGUGCAGCUGGACCUGGAGGCGGAGUUCUACUUCACACAUCUCAUCAUAGUGUUUCGCUCGCCGAGGCCUGCUGCCAUGACUCUGGAGCGGUCGCAGGACUUUGGGAGAACGUGGAAGAUGCUGCAGUACUACGCCAGCAACUGCAGCGCCGCCUUCGGGCUGGAGGAGGGAAAGGCAGGUGCAGGUGCAGGCCGGGACGGGGCCAUCUGCACCUCCAAAUACUCCGGGGCUUAUCCAUGCAACCGUGGAGAGGUGAUCUACCGUACCCUCCCAAAGUGGGAGUCCCUGGAUCCGUUUGGGGUGGAGGGCCAGCAGCAGCUGAGGGUGACCAACAUCCGAAUCCGACUGCUGAAGUGGCAGCCGUGUCCCUGCCAGGCCAAAGACCUCGCCUCCACACACGAAGCUCUUCCCACCCGGCACUUUGCCAUCUAUGACCUCAUAGUGAAGGGAAGCUGCUUCUGUAACGGACAUGCCGAGCAGUGUGUUCCUGCUCCGGGGUACCAGCCCAUCAGAGACCGGACCAACCAUGUGGUCCAUGGGAAGUGUGUGUGCAGACACAAUACUGCAGGUGAUCACUGCGAACGCUGCGCUCCUCUCUACAACGACCGACCCUGGCAGGCCGCUGAUGGACUGACGGGCGCGCCUCACGAAUGUUGGAAGUGUAAGUGUAACGGACACGCUCAGAGCUGCCAUUUUGAUUGGACGGUGUGGCGUGAGUCCGGCCAGCGCAGCGGAGGCGUGUGUGACUGUCUGCACAACACUGAAGGACGUCAGUGUCAGAAUUGCAAGGCCGGCUUCCACAGAGACCCCCAGCGACCGCACACCGCCCCCGACUCCUGCAAACCAUGCAGCUGUCAUCCCUUGGGCUCUAUGCCCUUCCACUUGGCUGACGGCUCGCUCUGCGACCCCUCCAACGGGAACUGCAUCUGUAAACCUGGAGUAGGUGGAGCCCACUGUGACAGGUGCAUGGUGGGAUACUGGGGCUUCCACGAAUAUGGCUGCCGUCCAUGUGAUUGUGCAGGAGACUGUGAUCCGUUUACUGGAGACUGUAUGUUUGGCUCUGAUCUGGACCUGUACAACUUAGAGGGAAACUCCAGCGAGCCGGUCAGGAUCUUCAGAGCAGACGAACUCUUCUCUGCCCUCCACUACUCAGAGAAGUGUGAGUGCAAAGAGCAAGCCCUUACCAACAGUAAACUGUUCUGCACCAUGAAUUAUGCAUACGUUCUGAAGGUGAAAGUGCUGUCAGCCCACGAUAAGGGCUCCCACGCCGAGGUGGAGGUCAAAGUUCAGAAGGUGCUCAGUCAGAACACCAAGGUGAAGAUACAGCGGGGUCGGGUCACUUUUUACCCCGAGUCCUGGACCACACGGGGCUGCACCUGCCCCAUCCUCAACCCAGGGGUGGAGUACCUUGUGGCAGGCCACUCAGACCGUAAGCAGGGCCGCCUUCUGGUCAACAUGAAGAGCUUCGUCAAGCCUUGGAAAGCCAGCUUGGGGCGCAAAGUCCUCACGCUACUCAAGAAAGACUGCAACUGGUAGACUGACCGUUAAAACACUGGAGGACAGACGGCCACAUGGACAGACGAGACUUUUUUUUAAAACAAAACAACGCCGUGGAUUUGUGUCUUCUUGUCCUCCAGAUGUGGAAUAUUGAAUCGCACAGGUCUGGGAGCAAGUUUUGGGGGCUGAACUGAGAUGAUUGAAACCCCUUUAUUUCUCUUCCGUUGUCCAAUGAGAGCAUAACUCUAGUGGCGGACUGCACCAGCUAAAAGCACACAGGACUUAAUUUUAUUAAGACAUAUCUGUCUCACACAUUCCUAUGUAGGAUUUCUUUUGCAAGAAAUUGAGGAAUUCAGCGCCACAGCCAAGUGCUUUCUAUUCUGAGUGAUGCCCCCUGGACUCAUUAACAUACAUUAAAACACACACACACACACACAAAAAAAAAAACUGAAUCUCUUCCUCUCUGAGCACUUUAGCCUAAGAUGGACUGAGGGAAUAUGGACACACACUAAAUGACCCCCUGACAUGGAGCUCGUCCAUUCCCUAUGUGCUCCGUUAACAGUGGACACACAAACAGGUAGCAGUGUGUGUGUGUGUGCUGCUGACAUAAUGUGCACCCAGAGUGACGCUGAACAAGCCAUACAAGCCACUACAGGUGGUUAAAACUUAGCCAGUCCAGGUGUGCCUGUGUUGAAAUCAGAGCGAAUGGGUUUUACCCCGAACGUGAAUGUAUUUGCCUGUUUUGCAAAUGUGUGUGUGCAUGUGAGACAGAGAGAGAGAGAGUGGUUGAAUGCAGAGGUAUAUUUUACGAGCACAGUCCAGAUUCAGUCCAGCUCUUUCUGUAGGUUUGUGUACAUUUUCAAAAACAUCCGUUCCAAUGUUUAUGAUACAGCGUUAUGUAUAUUGAUUCAUCUCAUAUUACACUCCACUCCAAUUCAGAAAAUUCUUGUUAUUCCUUCCUUUGUGCUCUUGUACAGUAUUAUUUGUAUAUAUCUACAUAAAUAUUAUUGUUCA